CACUGUUUAAUUCCCUAAAUAUAGCAGUUUAUGUACAACAUUCAUAGUGGACGGUUUACUCUCAGAAACUAAACUGAGUUAGUGAAGUGAAACAAAAUGGUUCCGAAGAACUAUAUCCCUCUUUCUGAGCACUUUAAAUUGCUGGAGGAGUCUCAUAAAAAUAUCGGAGGCUCCUGGGAGACAGAUUCCGGAAUCGGAGACAGUCCUCCGUCCUCUCCGUUCUUUCCUACAUCUCCUUCUCCGUCGACGAGAGAUACUCCGUUCUUCAGCUCAAACUCUUCUAAGGAGAACAGAGUUUCUGUUCCGUCCUGUCCUGAAGAAACCGAACCUAGUCCUGGUCCAUGUAUGGGACUCAAUACAGAGCUGAUAAAGUUAAAUAAAACAAUUCUUUUUCAAAAUCCUUCCCCAGCAUAUUAUCAUUUAGCUUCUGGCGUCGUGACCAAUCCCUUUACAGUAGGUGGGAUGGAGUCCGGUAGGAAGGAAAGAAUGAGAGUAAGAUACAGUGUUGAUUACUACAACCCUACCCACUCCCCAAUGCUGAAAGAAAGAUUUUUCCAUUCGAGCAGGAACGGAACCCGUCCUUCAACCUGCAGCACUGUAUCCUUUCUGGGAUCCGAAAGAUCGCCAAGGUUUUAUGAAAAAGUGGUUCGUUGGUUUCAAAGGAGAGGAAGAAAUCUACCAACCGAGACCUUUCCUUCAGAGAAGCACUGUAAUGUUCACCAUAGUGCAGUUCUAGCUACGCCCCAUCUAGUUCAAAAAUCCAGCCCAAAACCAUCUCUUAAAUCCACGGUUUCUAUUCUCAAACAACCCAGUAUAGUUCAAGUUAAAUCAUUCUCCAGAGAUAACUCCCUGGCUACAUCUGAGGGUACAUCGAGCAUAAGAUCUGUUGGGCCAAGUCCUCAGCGAAUGAUUUGCCAGGAACGGAUCAGUCCUGGCCAUCCGUCGCAUAGCAAGGUUCGAGGAGCUCUCUCCAGUACCACGAGUACCUUAUCCUCAGGUUCAGCUACAGCUCCUGCUUGUAACAACGGGCAGAGUAUGGAGAGUGGAUAUUAUUCCUUCUCAACCUGCUCCUCCCCUGCAGUUUCAGUGGGACGACAUUCUCCGUCCUUCUUUAAGAGAGACAGGAGAUCUAGGUUUAGGUUUCUUUCCCGAGCCUUAAAAAUAGUGAAGGGGAAGGGGAAAAGUUUAUCUGAAGAAGUUCCCGAGGUGAAAACACGAGAAGAGAUCUGGAAUGUACGUUCUAUUGAAGAUAAUGUUGCAGAUGGGAAGAGAAGAUUGUUCCAGAGUAAACAGUCAAUGUUCCACUCUGCAGUAGAUGAAGAGGAGAACAUAGAGAUGAGAUGUUCCAGCAGAGCAAGUUCUUCUUACAACAGCAGCGUUUUCUCAGGCAGUUUAAACUCACUUUCUCACUCAGAUACUCACGAGAUGGUGGCUCUAACCCUGGGAGACUUUAGGUUCAAGUACAGUGAACUUGAGUUUCAUCAUUCUCUCACAUCCGGCUCAGGAGGUCAAAUUCACACUGGUAAAUGUCAGGUUUGGGACGUCAAUAUCCACAGUUCUGUUCCUAAGAAUGAUGAGGAGGUUCGGGAAUGGCUCUCUGAUGUAAGACGCCUCACACAGAUCCGUCAUGAGAAUAUAGUUCUCUACAUGGGAGCUUGCGUUGAACCUCCCAAGUUUGCGAUAAUUACAAGUUUGAUUAACUGUGAGUCUCUGUACGCACACACCGUGUUUCAAGGUUCCAGGUUGAGAGCUACCAAGAAGCUGAGUAUUCUCAGACAAACAGCAAACGCUCUCUCAUACUUACACUGUAAAGGGAUUGUUCACGGACGACUGUCGUCUCAUAAUAUAUUUUUAGAGACAACAGUCAAAGUUUCCCUGCUAGACUACGGAUCCUCCUCUCUUAAUCUACAGUUCUAUAGUCCUGAGAUAGUGAGAAAUAUAACGUCAGACGACAGGUCUGUUUGGGAAAAAUCCAAGAAAGGAGACGUCUUUGCUUUCGGAUCUGUGAUUUAUCAGCUCUCCACUCAGAAACUACCCCUGGAUAACCAUCCGUCCCAGACCGUACUCUAUCAAAUGGGACUCGGAUAUCUGGCAAAACAUCUUCCUUCGGCUCAUCUUAAUCCAGGUUUAUCCAGGAUCAUUGAUGGGUGCUGGAACCAGGACCCGGAGAAGAGACCAACCUUUCCAGAGCUCUGUCGCCAACUUCUACCUUUGCUCAACUCAAUCGGAGCCCGGAGACAUUCUCUAAGUGAACCCAGAAGUCUGGAUAAAGUUGGACAAUCCGAACCACCAAGGUUUUUGUAUACGGAGAAGCAUAAACUCUAAAAAGCAUAGAGUUGCGUUUUCAUUUUUUAUCAUACAUUUUUUUACAAAAGCCUAUUUUGCAUACAAUGUGUAAAGACACCCCUGGAUAACCAGAACCAUGUCAUACCAAAUUAUACCAAAGAUUAAUAAGGAAAAGUGAUGUAUAACAAAAUCAGUCAAAUUGUGAUAAUACGAAACUGUUCCGUUUGUUGUAUAAACUGUUUACUUUAAAGUCACCCUUAAAGGGUGGAUGAUUUCUCGAAACAUGAUAAAACAAAAUUGUAAAGAUAAUUUUUGUAAAUUGUCAAGUGUAUUUUUUCUUGAAAGUAACUAUAAAACGCUUGGUUAACUGUUGUACCUGUAAGCUGUAUGUAAACGUACAUGAUUUAUAAAUUAGAUUGGAAAA